AGACACGGUCGAGAAAUUACCAUUGACGGGUGCUUGAGAUUUUCCUUUCAAGCGGACAGUGUGUGUUUAUUAGCUAGACUGGGACAUUCAGAUAUCGCCUGAGGACAUUCAUUGGAGACGAGUACUUGUGAAUACUUUUCAAGAGCAUUUGUAAACGGGAACAAUCAAAAGACGAGUAGACCAAGUAGGCCUACAAAUAAUAGAUUGUCAAGAUGGCAGUAGACGUGACAAAGCAGCCUCCUCCAGUACCAAUAGACAACACAAUAGACAUAGAAAAAAUCAGCUCAUCCCACUUCACUGUGGGUCAUGAUUUAUCCAUUGUUAAAGACAGCAUGAAGAGUAUCUUCAAACUGGACUUCCCUUUCCCAAAGGGCAGUGAGAAAACACUACCCUCAGAUCCUCCGGUCUUGGGACAGGUCAUGCACAAGGACACAAAGUUUUUCAAAGACGACACAUCAGAGACGAUAAACAGCUUCCAAUAUCGCUAUCUUCCCAAACCAGAUCUGCAGUAUGACCAUGACACCAUCGGGCAGACCAACUUCAAAAUGGACAGAGAUGUCAAAAAAAUUGACAGCUUUAAAACAAUCAAUCGUCUUCACUUCCCGCCACUGGUAGAUGAGGGAUAUGCUGUGGUACGACCGCCCUGCAAAGGGGGCUGGCACCCCAAUUGUAUCCCGCAAGGCGACCCCAGCAAAGAACACCAGCAGUUAUCAGACUACAAGGAAAAGUUCAGAGGUCAUGACACGCGUGUAGUCAAGGUCCCAAGAAUUAGCAGUAAAGAUAAUGGUGAGUUGUCAACUGUGAAAGGAGAUAAAAGGAUGGUCAAUUUUACUACAAGUUGCAUGGACACAUUCCAAGGUAGAUGGUUGCCUCGGGUCCCUGCUGUGCCUGUGCCAAGAAUAAUCAGUGUACCUCAAGGUGAUCCAGAGAAAAUUGUGACCAAGUCAACAACCAUGUGGGACUCCUAUCCACAAACCACCCCAAAUAGCAAGCCUGACAUCAACUUUGACCUUGAGAAAGCCACAAGGAAGAUGCGCAAGAGCAAUCAUCAUGAUAAGGCCAGUCACGAUUCCUGUGAUGACUUCCAAACUGUUGCGAAAACUGCUUUUCCUCAGAAACAGUGUCCAGUUGAAAGAUUCCGCCCAGCAUUCAGACGAAAUCACAGCGACUUUCCUGCUGGUGACCUUGACCCUGAACGAUCCCGAGCAAGACUAACGGACACCACCAAUAACUUCCACUUUGGAAAUCCGGCCCUGAACCACAUCAACCCAAUUUUGUCAGGAUCUGAUUUCAUCACCAAGAGUAAGCUAAUAUUUGGCGAGCCACGCCUGGGGGCCAGCUAUUACGACACCUCCAUGGGUCAAACAUACGUCCCUAAGGCCAGCAACACUUGGCGUGUGCCCAUGGGAAGUGGUAAACACAGUGUUGUACUGAGUGGUUACCCAACAGGUAAAGUGAAUGAGACAACCACUAGCUGUGAUUUCCAGAACCCUAAGCAGGGGCGUCUCAGGCCCAAUCCACAGAUGAUCAAGAGUUUGUCUGAUCAUCAUAUUCAUCCCCCUCUGAAUGAGCAGGAUUUUCUCACAACUCACAAGGAUACAUUUGUUUCCAAGACAACAGCGAGAGAGCCCAUUGACCCCCACAAGCUUCAGGUCAGCUCAGUACCCCUGGGGACACUGACCACACAGGAACCCAAGUAUGGGGACAAUCUAGACUAAACACAGCUGAAUAUGAAGAUUUACA